AUGACUGCUCAGUUGUUACUUAAAGACGUUGCCGAAACCCCAAGGAUCCCCAUCAAAUAUUGCAUUAGAAACGUUAAGACAGUAUAUCAUAAAACGAUAAGCAAGAGAAAGGGAUAUCUCGGGCGUAGACGUGCUUUUGAGAUGAUUUAUGGAAAUUGGGAGGGCUCUUUCCAGACCUUACCGAGGUAUAUGGCAGCUCUACAAAAAUUCAAUGCUGGUACUGUUGUAGAGUGGAGGCUUCUGCGUAAUAUUUUUCAACUUGCUCACUGUCGGCCAGUCAUAUCCAUAGAUGGCACGCAUGUAUAUGGUGUAUACGACAUCAAGCUACUGAUUGCAGUAGGAAUGGAUGACAAUGGGUUGAUAUUCCCUCUUGCUUUCGCAAUUGCCGCUAACGAGAGCAACGACACAUGGGGGAUGUUUUUGACACAUUUAAGGCGUAUAUGA